CUGCUGCGCUUCACCGAGGGCGCCUUCGAGCCGUGCCUGAACCCCACAAUCGGUGUUGAUUUUAAAGUGAAGAAGAUGGUGGUGGACGGCCGCGCGGUGCAGCUUGCAAUAUGGGACACAGCAGGACAAGAGCGCUUUAGAACGCUGACCCCCAGUUAUUACCGAGGAGCUCAAGGGGUGGUUCUAGUGUACGAUGUUACAAGGAAAGACACUUUCACGGGACUGGAAAGCUGGUUGAAUGAGCUGGAAAUGUACACUACCCGAAGCAACAUUGUGAAGAUGUUAGUUGGCAAUAAAACUGAUAAGCCUGAUCGUGAAGUAGAGAGAAGAGAAGGACUUCAGUUUGCUAAGAAACGCUCACUGCUUUUUAUAGAAACGAGUGCCAAGACGCAGGACGGCGUCCUCCAUGCCUUUGAGGAGCUGGUCCUAAAGAUUCUGCAGACACCGGGGCUUUGGGAUAAAAGCGCAGAGAAGCGGGGAGUUCGGCUGGCGGCGGCUUCAGCGCAGCCCGGGAAAGGCUUAUGUGGCGCAUACUGCCCGCUAGCCUAACCUGCAGGGCUCCAGCCCAGCUGAACGGAGGGGACUUCUAAAAUACAUUAGUAGAGUCAAGGCACUUGACARUUUGGAUCUGUGCAGUUUGUGUGGCUGGCCAAACCCGAAUUCCUUAGCAAAAAAAAAGCAUCUGACGUUUGGAGACAGCUUUAAAAACAURAACUGAAGCAACUUGUAAAGCAGGAACACAUCCAAAGAGGCUCCUUCAUGACAGCAUAUYGCCUGGCACCUUUUUUGCUGACUUGUCUUUUUUAGGGGACGUAAAUCAUAUAUAAUUUAAUGAUUCAUAGCUGUAAAGAUUGUUUAAACUAAUAUUAGGAGUGCCAUCCUCAAUAACACUAAUAAUGGCUUGUCAUGGGUGCUACCACAACACAGAAGGCCUUAAACACGGAGUAUAAACUUCUACCUCAUUUUGAAGGUAUUUUAGCUUGGUCUCCACAAAUUUGUUCUUUUUGGAGCUUUUUUAAUCUAAGAAAAAUCUGUCUGUUGCGUGUCACCACCACUAGAGGAGCUGAAUAGAAACACGUUAUGUGUAGGGUUUAUGCAUUCGUUUCUGUUUGUCUUGCUAUGGACGUAAGUGGGUGUGUGGCUGCAGUAUUACCCCUGUGCAUCUUCCU